AUGGAGGUGAUGGACAGUUGCCAGUUUUCUCCAUCCGAGUUCUUCUAUGACAGCUCCUGCAUCUCUUCCCCGGAAGGCGAGCUCGGGGAUGAUUUCGAACACGGGCUGGCUGCCUUCGGAGCCCACCAAACAGACGGCCCGUGGUCCGACGAAGAGGAGCAUGUCAGAGCCCCCACAGGGCAUCAUCAAGCCGGCCACUGCCUCGUGUGGGCUUGCAAAGCCUGCAAGAGAAAGUCCACUACCAUGGACCGGAGGAAGGCAGCCACCAUGCGCGAGAGGAGGCGACUGAAGAAAGUGAACCAGGCUUUCGACACGCUGAAGAGGUGCACCACUGCCAACCCCAACCAACGGCUCCCCAAAGUGGAGAUCCUGAGAAACGCCAUCAGGUACAUCGAAAGCCUGCAGGAGGUCUUGAGAGAGCAGGUAGAGAACUACUACAGCCUGCCAGGACAGAGCUGCUCUGAACCCACCAGCCCAACUUCCAGCUGCUCCGACGGGAUGGCCGAAUGCAACAGCCCUGCCUGGCCCCGGCGGAACAGCAGGUUUGACACUGUCUAUUGCCCGGACCCACACAGCGUGUUUUCUAUUACUUUCGCCUUACUCUGUUCCACAGACAAAAGUACUACACUGUCCAGCUUGGACUGUUUAUCCAGUAUCGUGGAUCGCAUCUCUUCCACCUCCGAUCAAGCUGCGCUGCCGCUGCGGGACACCGCCUCCCUCCCUGCAAACGCCAGCCUCGAUUCCCAGCCAGGCACCCCUAGGACCCCUCCUCAUUCCAGGCUCAUCUAUCACGUCUUAUGAGCUCUGAGACUUGAAACCAACUCCAUCCACUGCUUUUACGUGGGGAGAAAGAAACUCACGCAAUGAAUAGCCCUGCCUCUCGGAG